AUGGUAUAUAUAUAUAGGGCCAGAAACAACAACUGUCACACACAUUGUCACUGCACUGAUCAUCUAAACCUGCUCUAAGUUAAGCCGUCUCUAGCUCCAAUAUGAAGGUUUUCAUUGUCCUUUCUAUUUUAAUCGCAGUAGCUGUAGCUCAGUAUGAACCACAAGGUCCACCUAUUCCCUAUUCAUUCAACUACAUCUCAGAUACUGAAGAUGGCGGCCGAAGCUCUCACCAAGAAUCUGGCGACGGAGCAGGACGUGUAACUGGAUCUUACACUGUCAACGACCUCGAAGGACAUGAAAGGAUUGUCGAAUACAUUGCCGACGAAGGUGGUUUCAGAGCUAACAUCAGAACCAAUGAACCAGGUACCGCCAGUCUCAACCCAGCCGAUGUCGUUGUCGAAUCUUCUGCUCCACAAGAAGGAGCCGCUAUUGCUUACAGCUUAGGAGCUGGAGGACCCGUUGCUCGACCAGCCGCCCAAAUUGCUCCAGUUGGCCCCCCUGUUGCAGCCGCCGGAGGACGAGGAGGUCCUCGAUACGUCCUAGUCCCAGUCACAGAUCCUAGAGCACGAGGCGCUUACUAAAAGAUUUAGCGUCAACAUUUAAGGAAAUUUACUCGGAGCUAUUAAAGAAACAUGUGUGUGCAAUUCCUAUCUUAGCUUUUGCUUCAUAUUGCAAAAAGAAGUACAAAAUAAAAUAUCACAUCUCUAGUAUAAAUUCUCCUUUAUGUAGAAAUUUUUAAAAAAUUAAGCUUUUUGUGUUUUAUAGAGUACGAAAUCUGUGUGCUGUUUUUAUAUUGGUUACGAACUAGGUAUUAACUGAUAAAUAUUUUCUUAUUUUAACUUUCAUCUAUCGCAGGAUUUUAUCUCAAGAGCUGUUUAUUCUGCAAUGUAUUUUUCUAUUCACGACUUAGCAAUAAUUAAACGGAUUUUACUUCAAAUUUUAAAUUUUAGUGAAAAUAAAUUUUCUGUGUAAUUUCCAUGCAAAACUGAGCUUCAUAAAUUAAAAUCACAUUUUUCGCGUUUUCAUUUUUAAAUUUAAAAGCAUAGCUGAGCUUUUUCUUCGAAAGCAAUGCUUUUGGUGCCUGAAAUAAAGUCACAUUUCUAAAUAAAUUCCUAGAUCGAAACAUUUGGCACUGCAGAGUUAAGUAAAACAUGAUAUAAGUGAACAUAUUUUGAGUUUUAAAAUGAGAUUAUUCUUUUGGAAAUUACAGGAUUGUUAAUUCAUUAAGAUAUAUUUAUUGUGCAUUACUAUGAGCGGCUACAAUAUUAUUUUCAUUUUUCAUUGACAAUUUAAAGGGUAUGCAGGAAAGCAACGAAAUCAAAAUGCAUGCUUAUACGUCUUCUUUUGCUUCAGAUGAGAGUUUCUGCUGCAAAUGCUUUUGUCUGUCGCGAUGUUACUCUUAGUCAAAAUUCAAUAUAAACAGUUUAUGCCCUUGAUAUACAACCCGCAUGUAGCUUAGCUUUGUUUCAAACAGCUGAUGUAUAAGUAUGUGAAAUAAAUAUUAUUUUGUGUGUGAAA